AUGAAUUAUUCAUCAAACACACGGAAAGACCCUAGCAAAACCCUGACCCCAAAUUCAAGACCCCCCCAAAACCCCAAACCAAGACCCCAAAGUAAACCCCAAACCAAGACCCCAAUAAGACCCCAAACCAAAACCCAAAACCAAGACCCCAAAGUAAGACCCCAAACCAAGACCCCAAAGUUAAGACCCCAAAAUAAGACCCCAAAACCCCCAAAAAUAAGACCCCAAAUUCCGACCCAAACCAAGACCCCCAAACCCCAAGACCCCCAAACCAAGACCCCCAAACCAAGACCCCAAGAUAAUAACUCUCUCUCCCAGGACGCCGAGCCGGGGAACCCCCUACGCGGCACCACCUUGUUCAUUAUCCACCAGGAGCGUCUCCCGACGGCGCUCCUUCUGCCAGGGUCCUUCUGA